UGGACCUUGUGGCCGGAGCUUGUGGCGCAAAUGUACUGCGAUCGGUCAUUGCCAUCAUUGCGGAAUGCCGAGCAUGGAUACCAACCAGGAGUAGUUGCUUGGCUUCGCAGUGUAUCACAUCUUCGCCGAACCAACGCUUCUUUUUCAGGAUUUGGCUGUCAGCCGCUGUACUCUGGGCUUGUUGCUGCAGCAGUUGCGGGCGGAAGGCGAAUCUGCCGUCGAAGGCAUCAUGGAAAAUCCAGGCUUCAGAUGUUUUCUACGAUUUUGGAAGCCCCCCAUCAGCGUACUGCCACAGAGGUAUUUGUUGACUUCGACACUCUUGUGAGAUGGCUGGUCGACAUGGAACGCCGGCGAGGCAAGAAUGUUCCGAGAACGUAUCGCAGUUUGGACCGCCGCGUCAAGAGUUUGAUGCGGAGGUUGCGAGCAAGAGGUGUGGAGCUGUGCUUCAUCGUUGCAAAUGAAGCAGCACCUUGCUGUAGCGAACCUGAGGAUGCUCACCUGUGGCUGGCAGAGGAGCAGAUCAGAGCAUCUUUGGGAAGAGCUGGUUGCUGCUGGAAACGAUGUGGUGAUGGUUCCAGUCCCUCAGAUGUGCUGAGCAGGCUUGUGCAAAAUGAUCCAGACAUUGCCGCAGUGUUUGGAGUGGACAGUGCGCAAUUAUCUCCUGCAGCAAUUGAGUGGGUGGUCGGUCAAGGCACAGCUGACGUCCAAAAUGAAGAAGCUUUGCAGAGGCUAGCUAUUCUGGUUAAUGAGACCCCUCAGCGUGGGCAAUUCCCAAUACGUUCUGGAGAGUGCAAGGCUGCAACUCUGGAGGAUGGAUGCUUUGUUGAUGCAGGCCUGGCAUUUCAUUGGCGGCAAUCGCAAGGAUCAUCUGGCAUGGAGGCUAUGGAAGGAUGUCUUUUGGAGCUUACAUCGUUUCUGCGGCAACAACCUCUGCAGGAUCAAAUAUGCCGUUUACCAAUGCAGGCCAGGGCGUGGCUUUUGGAGCGUGCAUUACGGACUGCUGGCCUCAGUGACAACUGGCUCGAAGAGUGGGCGGAACUGCCUGAGAAGCUAGUGAUGCGCUUUGACGCUGGGACCGAUUGCGAUAAGUUUCAGAUCCAGGAGCACGGCCUGGCAGCUGCAGCCACUUUCCUCUUGGCUCGCUCCGCUCCGCUCAUGGAGGAGGAACUAGAGGCCUUGGCAUGGACGCUCGAACUGAUGAGGCCGAGGCGGCAGCCGACCGCAUUCAGCAACUCCAUGAUGGCUUCCCUGGAUAAAAUCUUAGCAGAGUUUGAUGAGCCUGAACUUGAUGAGCGUGCUGCAGCAGUUGCAAUUGCCUUUCAGGACAUUUUGCGAGGCUUUCUCUAUCUUGGACACACCAUGGCGCUCCGGGAGCCAUGGCUAAUGGAGCCUCGUGACUGCUUUGACAACGUCCUUUUCCGGAAACUGCUUUUGGCCUUGCAGUCAGGAGCCGACCUGCGCCAAAGACUUGGAGGUCGUGGGUUGCGCCAUCCAGGUCGCAAGGCCGGUUCGAGCGGAGCAGAAGGAGGUUCUGGAAAUUCUGGCCUGGCAGCUACCCGGGGGGCUAGAUUGGCAAGGCUGCUGACGACGGCUCUACCACUUGCUUCCGACGAUGAGCAAGAAAAGCAAGACAAGUUGGCAGAUCUGAUCCAGAGGGAGCAGGAGAUCAAAGAUGAUUGCUUUAACGAUGAAGUCGAGGAGCCAAAGUUUUCAGCGUCUGCGUGGCGAGAAGGUUUCGAAAGCAGAGGAGUCACAGCUUCGAUGCCACCUGCAAAUGAGAAGCUGAAUCAGUUGAAGCCUGAUCAGGAAGCAACAGAAGCAACGGAAGCCGAAGAGAAGACACAGAAGACACAGAAGACACGCCGUCCAAACGCCGAAACUGCCUCACUUGCGAAUGCAACUGGUGCGACUGAUGGAAGUGGUGCAACUGGUCUGCGAAGUGCACAAAGGACACAAAGGCAGAAGAAAAAGCCACCGCGCGGUGCGAUGUGGUUCGUACCUGGUGAGACUGAGACUGCAUCCUCCAGGUCAAAGUCCAAGGUGAUACAGGAGGAAACCGUAGAGACCAUCCAGGAAGAAGCCACAGACACCGACCAAGAAUUGACCCGAGCGUCGACUGAUGAUCCGUGGCAAACCUUGGAAGAUAAUCGCCAGUUGGCAUGGGCGUUUGCCCAGGAGUCUGAAUCUGAACCUGUAGAUGUUUGGGACCAGGCGCCAGAUGCAAACCUCAAAGCCAUGGCGUGGGAGGAAUUGGAAAAGGCGGAAAUAGAAUUGUCAAAGUUGAAAGAAGAGGGACUUGGUUUGCACCAAGAAGAAGAAACUCUAGAGCCUCUCACAACAGAGCCACCCCAGGAAUUGCCCAUUGAAGCCCUGCGCACAGAUAUCUUGGAGCGAGUGCGACAGCAUCGGGCCACGAUACUGGUUGGUGCGACUGGCUGUGGAAAGUCAACGCGCCUGCCACAGUACAUCAUGGAAGAGCCUGGCUCAAAGGUCUUAGUGACCCAGCCUCGACGAGUGGCAGCAGUUGAAAUUGCAAAGCGUGUCGCAGCGGAACGUGGAGAAAGAGUUGGCAAAAAUGUUGGCUAUCGAAUAUCAGGAGAAAUUGUGGCGGGGAAUGGCAAGUUGCAGUUUGCCACCAUAGGCUACGUCCUCACUUGGUUUCUGGCAAAGCCGGAGCAGUUUGCAAGUUUCAGCCACAUCAUCAUCGACGAGGUCCAUGAGCGUGGGGCAGACAUGGAACUGUUCCUGCUGCUUACCAAGCUGUUGAUGUAUUUCUUCCCACGACCCAAGGUGAUCCUGAUGUCAGCAACAAUGCAGCCAGAAGAGUUUAGCAGCUACUUCUCCGAUUUUGAAGUUGGAGAUCCCCUGACUGUGCCGGGGCGAACCUUCCCGGUGCAAGAAGUCUUUCUGGACAACCUUCUGACAGACUACGAACACAUUUUGCCAACGUCAGUGCUGAGCAUGGCAGAGGAAGCAGUGGAAGAAUUCGAUCAGCUCUCAAAGAGCCAGGCUGAAAUCCUUCAGGGGCUACCAGAGCUGGCAGUGGAGUUGGUUCCCUAUUUUGCCAAGAAAAACACUACUCUCCUCAUCUUUCUGCCUGGGCUGGUGGAACUGAACAGGCUGUCAGACCUGUUUUCGUCUUCAGAGGCCUUGAGCGCGUUGCCUAGCAGCAACAGGGAAGCACCAACGAACUACAAAGUGUUUGUGCUCCAUUCCAUGGUGCCAAGAGCUGAGCAGGAAGAAGUCUUCAAGCAACCAACAGGUGGAUGUUGCCAUAUUGUGCUGGCUUCAAACAUCGCGGAAUCCUCGCUUACUUUGCCGCAAGUGGCAGCCGUGAUCGAUUUUGGACUACAUAGAGAGCCGGUCUUUGACCCAAAGCAAGGCUUGAACUGCCUGUCUACAACUUGGUGCUCCCACGCGUCUGUGAGGCAACGCGGUGGACGCGCGGGACGCACUCAGCCUGGAAUAGCUAUUCGCCUUUUCACAAGACACAUCUACGAGGAGGUGAUGGCAGAGUUUGACACGCCUGAGAUUUUGCGGACAUCUUUUUCUAGACUGUUCCUGCGGGCCAAAAAGCUUUCGGAGGUCUUACAAAAGACAGCUGCACGAUUUUCUGCGCAGUGUCCCUUGGACUUGAGCAGUGCGCGUUCAUUGCUAGGCUCCUUGCCACAACCUCCGAACACAGCUCUGGUGAAGUCGGCAGUGGCAGAGUUGGCCAAUUCGGGUGCUUUGACAGCACCGGAUGAAGCUGCAGAGAUCACCUCCCUAGGACAAACUGAUGUCGGAAAUCGAAGCACUCCGAAGCUCCAGCCGGCUGCAACCCCAUGCCCAAGUCGCCGAGGAGAGAAUGGAGGCCGUAGAGCACGUGAAGAAACGACGAUGGCCAGUCCAACUUUCGCGUCCUUUUGCGUCAGUCAUGCAUUGCACAUGGCACGGCGAAACGCGGUGAAUGCAGAUGUGUCAGAGGAUCCCUUUUCAGAGGACUCCAUCAUUUUCUCGUGUCCACCUCCUUGGAACGAUGCGGGUGAAGUUGGUGCAGUCACUGUAACGGCUGCAAAACGGGCUGAAUCUUCGAUGGAUACUGUGGAAGCACCAGCUGCUGCCUUUUUCGUCCCUUUCCCUGGCGAAGAUACUGCCAAGCCGCGAGGUUCCUGGCUCGGCCCAGCUCCAUUUGACCAGGAGGACAUCCUGCCUAUUGAUGGAACAGCAGACCGAGCGGACCUUUUUGGGCAGCCAGAAAGACUGUUGGACGUCACGGGAAGCAGCAAAUGUGAGGAGGAAGAAGGUUGCAUCAUUCCUGGCACAAUAGAUGCGCACAAAGAGGCCAUCCUGCCAGAAGACAGAGAAGCUGCAAAGGCUGAAGCAACUUUUGAGACUCCGAUCACAUCGAUCACUUGGGAGAGAAGAGGUGAUAGUGGCCACCUUUGUGAGGGAAAGGGGCAAGAAGUGCGAGACGUGCAAAAUGCCAAGCCUUUCGGGGAUUUGAAAAAAAACACGCAGGAAGCACGAUAA